GUCAAUUAGAAUGUUUAAAAAAAGAAGAAGGAGAAGAAAACAAUUAAUCUAGGUUGUUGGGGGAGUCCCCACACCCAUCUGGCAUAAGUACCAAUCCAUUUGAUAUAGAUCGAUCUAUCCAAGCAAGGUGGAGCAGUAAUAUACAGUGCCAAUAGAUCCAAGCAAGAGCUGGCUAGGUAGCAAUGGCGGAGUUCGCGCUUGGUCUGACAAAGACGGCGGUGGAGGGGACGGUGAGCCGGGUGAAGUUGGCGAUUGAUGAGGAGACCAAGCGCAAGGUCAAGGUGCAGAAUGAUCUCAUGUUCAUCACCGGCGAGUUCCAGAUGAUGCAGUCCUUCCUGAACGUGGCCAACAAGGAGCGCGCCAAGAACGAAGUGGUGAGGACGUGGGUGAGGCAGAUCCGCGACCUAGCCUUUGAUGUCGAGGACUGCGUCGAGCUCGACAUCUCCCUCGACAUCAAGUCAGACUGGUCCUGGUUAUGGCGCGUGGUGCCGUCCUGCAUGGUGCCGCCACGGCCACUUGACCAGGCGGUGGCCGAGAUACAUCUGCUCAAGGCGAGGGUGCAGGAUGUCAGCCAGAGGAACACCCGCUACAACCUCAUCGGCAGUGAUGGUGUCUCGGGCGUCUCCUCUGACUCUGCUGCGUUGGAUCAGCAGCCGCCCACAUCAUUCAACAUCCUACACGCUGUGUGGGAGGCUGCAGGAGAGGGUCACUUCACGAGGGACCUCAAACAUUUGAUCACCAGUGAAGGCACCGACCGUCAAGUGAUCUCUGUAUGGGUAAGCACUAGUAUUCCUGGAGGAGGUGCUUCUGCUGCUCAUCCUGAGGCUGAGGCGGUGUACGUUAUCAAGGAGGCGUACGAUGACCCAGAAAUCCGCCGGGAAUUCAAAACCCGUGCCUGGGUGAAGCUGAUGCAUCCUUUUGACCCGGACGAGUUCCUCGAGAGCUUGCUCACCCAGUUGUACUGCAACUCUCACCGUCCAAAUAUGGGUGCAGAGUUGGGUCAAAAGCUGAAGGCAGCGGUGGCCAUGGAACACGACGAGCUCAUGCAGCAACUUCGGCAGCAGAGUUAUCUCGUCAUCCUGGAAGAUGUAACCUCUGUGGUAGAGUGGGAUGCCAUCAGAAUGUAUCUGCCGGACACUAACAAUGGCAGCCGAAUCGUCGUGUACACCGCACAGCACGUAAGGCUCGCACGUUUCUGCACAGGAGAGCCGUACCGAGUAUCAGAGCUCACACGCAUCUCCGAUUGUCAAUCUCUUUGUGCCUUCUCCAACAAGUUGUCAGUCCGCCGCAGUGAUAUGGGUGAACUUAAUUGGCAAAUGAGGCGUGGUGGUGUCAUUUCCGUGCUUUGUGGUGACGAUGUAGAAGACCGCAGACACCAACUACAUCGCAUAUGUGAAGUGUACAAGUACAUAAUGCAUAAGCGUAAAGAAUUCAACGGACUAGUGGAAUUUAAAGAGCAGAGUUGGGUGGAUGUACCAGAUCCGUUCGACAUGCAGGCCUUCUCAGUUCGGCUGUUCCUGGAUUUUCAGCGACGUGAUUUCCAAACCAAUGAGAUUGCAGCAGUCGGUGAGGGGGGACACCAAGCUAUAGUCAAACGGUGUUGCAGGUAUUUGCGUGAAGAUGACUGCCUCGUCGUUAUUAAUGGUCUGCAAUCAAAGAAACACUGGGACGAGAUCAACAAGAUAUUCUUAUUAUCCGGCAAGCCAAUUACUAAAGGCACCAGUAUCAUUGUGAUUACAAAAGAAGAGAGUGUGGCCCGACAUUGUGUAGAUCACAAACAGGAUCGAGUCUUUGACGAAAAAGAUGUGGACGCCGACAAGGCUCUUAAUCGUUUGACCAAGGAUUAUGAAGGCUGUGGAAUUGGAGGAAAGGAGGAUUCUCGUAGGGCUCACCUUUUGUUCCACGACCCAGAUGAUGCAUAUUGCUGGGUCAAUAAUUUCGAACUUGUUGGUCGACAGAAUGAAGUGGAUGCCCUAGAGAGACAAAUAAAAGAUCCUGGUGUGAUCUCCGUGUGGGGCCUUUCUGGUGUUGGGAAAUCAGUGAUUGUUAAAACGGUCUACUACAGCCAAAUGUACUUCACUUUCAGUUUAUUUGAAGAAUUCAGCUUUGUGGACGUGCCCGAUGGUGAUCCAUUCGACUUGACAGACUUCUCUUGGCACUUGCUCCUGGACUUUUAUUCACGUCAUCCUGAAGCCAAAGAAAAGGUGGUAAUUGCUCUAUGCAAAGGCAAGCAGGACCCGAUUCAAGAGUGUUGUCGGCUUCUGCAACAAAAAAAAUGCUUGGUUAUUAUCGAUGGUCUGCGAUCUGAAGAUGAUUGGGACACGAUAAGAGCUACGUUCUUGUCCUCUGAUCAGCCUACUCAAGGAUGUAUUGUUGUCAUUACAAACGACGAAAGUGUCGCCAGACAUUGUGUAGUUGAUGAUCGAGUGCUGGGUGUCGAACGUCUGAGAGUGCUUCGUCAUCGUCCCUUGAGAGAGUUAGGUCCUCCUGUCCGUUUUCUGUACGAUAGAGAAGAGGCACAUACUUCUUGGGCCACUGAAUACCACCUUGUGGGCCGUAAAGAAGAGAGUUCAUGGCUUCGUCAUAUAUUUCCCGGCGUGUCUUCCUUGUGGGGGGUUGCUGGUGUCGGGAAAUCAGCACUGGUCAGGAGUCGUUACCGCCUGGACGUUUCGGGUAGCCCAGGAAUUUGCAGAAGUUGGGUUGAUGUGCCUAAUCCAUUCCAUAUGACCGAAUUCUCUCGGCGCUUACUUAUGGGUUUUCAUUCAAAUGACCUUCAAGCCAUGGAAAUUGCAGCAGUUGGAAUCAUGGAAGGCCAAGAGACAGUUCUCGCGUGUUGUAAAAUUCUGCGUGACAACACUUGCUUCCUUGUUAUUGAUGGCCUAAGAUCCACACAUGACUGGGAUCUGAUAAGAGCUUCCUUCUUGUCCGAGCAUACUGAUCAAAGAAGAUGUACCGUUGUUGUCAUUUCAAAUGAAGCAAGUGUCGCCACACAUUGUGCAUCACAUGACAACGGGGGAGUGCUCAAUGUGAAAUGUCUAAAUGCUGCCCAUUCACUUCGUCUCUUCAAAGAGAUAGCUUGGGGCGCCGGCAAGAAUCAGUUGACUACCAAAGAGAGGGAGUUUUCAGAAGCUAUCUUGGCUAAGUGUGGCGGACUUCCCAAAGUAAUAGCUGCUAUAGGCGAAUAUGCCUUGCCAAUAAUAUAUUCUCCCUUCACUAGCAUAUCAACAUUACAUCAUGACUUUAUUGGCAUGUUGGAGAUGGGCUCAAGAUUUCAUAGUUUAAGGGGUCUAUUUUGUUGGAUGCAGUCCUACUUCGAUGCAUGUUCGGAUUCACUCAAGCCAUGCAUCUUCUACCUCUCAAUCUUCCAGGACAUCAGACGAGGGCGUAUGCUGAGGCGGUGGAUCGCCGAGGGUUACUCUACGGACACAUCUGCAAGUGGUACCGCAGAGGAUAAUGGGGAAAUGUUGUUUGCUCAGCUUGUUGAGUCAAGCAUAAUCCAAGAGCAGCAGACACCAAGCAGCAGCAACAGCAGCAAGAUGGUGUACCAAGUGAACGGUUUCUUCCUUGAAUAUAUCAAGUCAAGGCCAAUGGAAGAUAACCUUGUGUUUGCACUGGAAGGCCAUUGCAGGCCCAACAUGCAACGCACAGGACAACACCUUGCUAUAAUGAGCAGCUGGGACAGAGACAAGAUUGUAUUUGAAAGCAUGGACUUGACACGGCUGAGGUCUUUGACAGUGUUUGGGGAUUGGAAAUCAUUCUUCAUCUCUAGUGAUACCAAGAUGAGACUGCUUCGUGUGCUCGAUCUGGAGGACGCGACUUCUGGUGUAACAGAUGAUGUCCUCGAGCAGAUCCUGAAGCUACUGCCUCGUCUCAAGUUUCUCUCUGUGCGAGGAUGCCAAUAUAUUACCCGUGUGCCAGAUUCAUUGGUUGGAUUGAGGCAACUGCAGACUCUGGAUGUCAGACACACCUCUAUAGUCAAGCUGUCAAGUGCUAUCAUCAAGCUUGUGAAGCUGCAGUAUCUUCGUGCUGGCACCACUAAUACAUCAUUGGUUGAAGGCAACAGCGAUGUGCCAGUAGUAGCAGAUGUGGAUGGCGUGAGCACAAACCAAGCAGCUGCAGACCGUGAUGGCGCGAGCACAAGCCAGAAAGCAGCCGGAGAUGGUGAUGGCGCAAGCACAAACCAGACAGCAGCAGCCUCAGACGGUGGUGUCGCGAGAACAAGCCAGACGGCAGCGGCAGAGGGUGAGGGCAGGAGCACAAGGCAGACAACGGCGGCAGAGGGUGAUGGCAAGAGCACAAGCCGGACAGCAGGAGCCACAGACAGUGAUGUCACAAGCACAAGCCAACAAGCCGCAGCAGAUAAAGAUGGCGCGAGCACAAGCCAGAUAGCAGCAGACAAGGUCCGCAAAUCAAUUACCGUAGCGUCAUGUUGUAGAAGGGCACACGAUUUGGUGGUGUCCCUCAGAAAGAAGCUGCGCAGACGGCCACGACAUGACGAUGGCAGUGUUGAUGUUGUUCCUGCUGCUGUAGAGGGGAUCGGGAAGCUGACAGCCUUACAUACUUUUGGUGUUGUCAAUGUUAGCGGUGGUGCAGGUGCCUUCCUUCUCAAGGAGCUCGAGAGGCUUACCCAAUUGCGCAAGCUUGGGGUGUCCGGCAUCAACAGGGAAAACUGGCGCGUCUUGUGUUCGACCAUAUCGGGUCACGGGCAUCUUGAGUCCUUGUCAGUGUGGUUCGACGAUGAGCAGGAUCUGUUUUAUUUCGAUGAGAAAUUCGAGCCACCAAAGACCCUUAAGAGCCUCAAGCUGUACGGAGGAGGGAAUGGAAACGGGAAUGUACAUGUAUCGCCUGUCUGGCUCAAGCAGCUUGGUAAUCUCAAAAAGGUUCAUCUUGAGUUGACAAUAUCAACGCAAGAGGACAUAGACAGCCUUAUGGAGUUGCCAUGUCAGGAUAUGUUUCGCCAUCUUCGUGUCAAGCCGAUUCGAGACUGUGAGCUUCACUAUGGUAGGCGGGAAAGCUCGUGGCGUGGGGCACACUUCAAAGCCGCCAAAGCCCUCAAGAUCGAUUGCGGCAGCUACAAGUUGAAGAUAGUUUUUGGAAACUGGAUACCGGAAUAUGUUGAGGUGCUGGUGGUUCACUGCUCUUCUGCUACCGAGUCGUCUCUUGAGAUUUCUGGGCUAGACCGGUUACCUCGCCUCAAGGAAGUGCAGCUCAAGGGUUCCUACAACGAAGCGGUCAAUCAACACCUGCAGCAGAUAGUUGCCGAGCAAAAUAACAACCUGUCUUGAAGCUGGAGGACCAGCUAGACACCCAGCAAUCUGCCCCUACACUUCCUUCCGCGUGCUGAAAUUGAUGCCUAUUACUUACAUGCGUAUUCUCCUCAAUAUCCAUAUCUAUGCAGUAGUGCUAUUUACAGUUUACAUUGACAGUGUACAUGGGGUACGUACAUAUUCAGCUUUACCCUAAUCUUUAUUCAUUUACACGGCAAGAAUCAUAUCUACUCCUUCUGUUCCAAA